AUGAACUUCCCACCACGGCACAGUACGAGUACGAAUACAGUACUCGAGUACUAGUACGGGAACAAACAACUGGUCACGGGCAUAGGUGUUCGUCUACCCCCCAUGGAGCCCAUUUAUCUCUUCCGGAACCUAUUGCGCCAAGCCUCCAUUCUCUUCGAUCAUGUUGCCCGCGCCCAUACCGCCAAACUUAUCGUGGAUGGCUUUCGAAGGAAUCAGAAGUUAGAAGAUGCUUGGACUAUCCACGAAAAGAUCAAAAAAGGUCGUCGGGCUUUAUCACUUCUGCAGCAGGCAAACGCUGGAGAGUCCAAAUCACUGGGGAGAGUUCUAGACCUGGCGUACGGGCGGGACGGUCACCGGAGACACGAGCUUUUACAGGUUGGUAGAGCAAUGCACUGCUGGAUCACCUCUCGCAAACCCUCUCCUCUGUUCAAGCACUGACCUGCGUCCGCGUGUGGAAAAGCCUAUUCUUGAUAGAGCCACAAGCUCUGACCCUCUCAUACCUGGUGUACCCCGUACAGCUCCUCCGCCAACCUCGGACGAAUUGGUGGCGCUGAUGAAGCAUCAGAUCGGAACGACAAUCAACAGAGCUGAGCCCGAGAUACCGGAAUUUAAUGCUUGGGGGAGACCUAUGCCGAAACGGCGUGUGGCUAAUAUGUUGCGUCGACAUAGGGGAUAUGUUCUCGCACGAUUGCUUCCCCCACUGCCAGAGGAAAUGAUCCAGAGGCUGGAGAGAUUCGUUCGUGGAGCUGAGGAGCCUGUCCCGCCAAGACGCAAGAUCGAGCCUGGCUCCGGCACCCAAAAGCCCUGCCGCAAAAUAUCUCUGAGGUUCAAGAGGAGGGCCUACAAGAAAAUUGUCGUCAAGACCCCUCUCAUGAGCAUCAACGGGAAAACUCAAAAGCCCAUUGCUUAUUGGUCGGAUAUUGUGAAGGGCCCGCCACUCGAAAUUGGAAAGCUGUGGGAUUUUGAGGGCCUCAAGAAGCCGGAGAUGCGGGAGCCCGCAAAGGGAAAGGCGAAAAGACUUAAAGAAGAAGGGCCUAAGGAUGGAAAUGAGGCCGUUCUCAAAGCCGGGGUGGAGAGAUCACCCAACCAGAGAGAUCGAGAGGCAGGAUCACCCAAAGAAUCAGAGGAUCGAGUCUCCACAGAACAGGAGGAAGUGUCCAGAGAGGGCGAAGGAUGUUUACGAGAAAUAGACGGGGAAGACGGAGGGCCUAAAGAACGAAAGUCAAAUAGGUCCAAAAAGCCGGAUGGGCGGAAAAUGAAAGGGAAGUGA